AUGUUUGUUUUUGGCCUAGAAAUAUACUACAGUACCUGUCCAUGGAUUAAUGAUUAUUAUCGAUUUGAUAAUUUACGCAGGGAUUACACUUCGAUGGAAUCGUAUUUCGAUAUGCAAUGUGGAAUUAGUGGUUGGGCCUUAGCUGGAAUAUUAUCGCUACUAUCAUGUAGUUUAUUUAUCAGCGAAGGUUUAGUGAGCGCAUUUUUUCGAUCUGAAUCAACUCGACAACGUGAUAAGAUGAAUGCCUUUCUCUAA